GAGAAAACUCUGUUACUCACUCCGUCUCUAACUUUGAGAGGAAGUUACCACCUCUUCCCCAGAAUCCAUACACACACACACACACACACACACACACACACUCAGGCAGACACACACGCUCUUCAGGACUUGACCACAGCAGCAACAGGGAACCAACUGAAACAGACAGGACUGCUGUGUUUGUGAUGCCGUUUUUUUUUCCCAAAUUUGGAGGGAAAGACGCCUGAGAUUUGCAGUUAGCCUGAAGCUCUCUGUGUGAACUGAACAGUUUCAGAGGGACUUUUUUGUCAUCACAAACUGGGUGGCCAAAUGAACUGUUUAGCCUGAGGACCAAAGAUUGCAGGCCCCGAUCCAACAGUAAAGGAGAAACAGAGAGUAAAGCUUGACCAUUUCGCGUCCAUUCUCUAACUUCUCAUUACAUUAUGAGCUGGGACUGAGGACUUUCUUCAUUGUUUCAUUUUGUGCUGUGAAGAAAGCGAAGUCAAUAUCACCAUGGAUGUGAAGAAAAAAGAAAUGGACCUCCUGAGCAACAGCAUAGCUGCAUAUGCACACAUCAAAGCAAACCCAGAGAGUUUUGGCCUUUACUUUGUGCUUGGAGUGUGUUUUGGCCUGGUGCUGACGCUCUGCCUCCUAGUCAUCCGCAUCUCCUGCAAGCCGCGGACCAACAUUGCCCCCUCCACGCCUGAGAAAAAACAGUUAAAGGACAUCAGCGAGGAGGACGAGGAAAGUGAGGAUGAAGAAGAUGAUGAAGGGGAGGAUGUAGAGGCACCUAUCCCUUUGCCCAGCACAGAAAUCCCUGCCGGUAAUCACACCAGCCUGCCAGAUGGAACACUGAGCGUGAACGUAUUUACCUCCGCUGAAGAGCUGGAGCGAGCACAGCGACUGGAGGAGAGGGAACGUAUCAUACGUGAGAUUUGGAGGAACGGCCAGCCUGAUAUCCUGGGGUCAGGAACAGGGACUAUUGGAAGAGUGCAUUACUACUAAGAUACAUGAGGCGACAAGGGAACCACUGUGAAGGAGAGACAUGGACCUGUGGGUGGGCCUGGAGUCCCUGAAGCCUAUAAGACUUGAAAGCCUGUGUCAGAAACAAUGCAACACCAUGCAAACAGGCUGACAGUGAUGUGCCACAUUUGAUAUAAUUGGCUCUGACAGAGCUGAACUAUGUGAUAUUGCACUUCCUAUGUAUGUUAUUUUCAACUGACUACAUGAUAUUAAACCACAAGGUGUCUUAAAGACUAAUGAAUCCAUAUGAAAACAAUGCAGUAUGAGUGUGGGAGCUGAUGGACACUUGAAGUAACUGGUAUAUUAAAAUGUAUGGCGCUUAAUGACAAAAAUGCACACAAUAAGGUAUGUAGUGAGUAAAAAAUGAAAGCAUAAAUAAGGACAAUGUAUGUACUGUAUGUUGCAGUGAAGAUUCUCUUUGUGUGAAUGAGGACAUUUCUCCUUAUGAAUGGUGAGUUUAUAAGGAAAAUACAAAACUACUCUUGAAACGUCUUCUCGAAAACACCCUCAGGAGACCUCUCAAAGGAAAUUACAUUGUUUGAACAAGAACAUAUCAAUCAAUUUAGGGGGUCAGAUUACAUUGUAAAGACAAUUAAGUCUUAAUUUAUGAGUAGGCUAUAUUACACCAUGUCUGUAUUUUCAGGGAUAAUUCCACCAAAGGAAAUGACAGAAUUAAAGUAUUAAGAUGAAAUAAUGCACUGUUGUUUCUCUUCGUAAUGCUCAAAUGUCAGACGAAUAUACAGAACAGAUUUCUUCUUCUCGUACCUUUGGGCCAUGGAUUUAUAUCAAGAUUUUUUUUUAAAAACUGAGAAAGCCUCAUUUUGCCAGCAUGAUUAAUGGAAAGGUCAUCCUAUGUCAUUUGUUUUUUUCUGUUCAGUGUCUCUGUAUGUGCCUUUAAAGGUUAAAGAAAUACAGUUUUAUAAUAAAAUUUCUGGGAAGCCUGAAAGUUGGCUCAGGUAGAUGUGUUGCAGUCGGUACCGGUUGCACCUUAUAUCAAGCGCACCCUUCAUGUAAAGGCGGGCCAUUUAACCUGCACGCUGCUCCUGCGUUUGUGUUAUUUCCUAAAGAAGAAUUCGGCCAAAACUCCAAUUAUGUAACUUCAGGACAGUUUUGUGGAUUAAAAAUGAGUAUUUGUGUCUCUUGCCAUUAUGUUAGUCGACCGUUGAUCAUAUUAGCUGCCCCGAAAAUCCACUUCAAGCAGUAGUAGUUUUCCUUCACCUACUGCUCACAACUUGGGACCACAGCGCUUCACUCCUCGCCAAGCUAAGUAUUUUCUGCUUGUGCUAAUUGUGUGUAUGUCUUUCUGCUUAGUUUAUGUUUGUGAGCUUGGUAAUGCUUUAAGGCUGAUUUAUGGUAGGUCGCUCAAGAGAAAUGACACUUUACUUCCAUGUCGCGCACCUGCAGAAUUUUGUUAUGUCGCGCGGUGUGAUUGGAUGGUGUUACUAACGUCACCAUGGAGAUUGUACUGAACUUCCUUAUUGAUAUUUUGGUCUGUAACUUUAGAUAACUUGUAAACUAACGUCCUUGUUUAAUUAGUUUAGCUAGCUCGCCGAAGCAUAACUUGAAAACGUUGCACGAGUCUUUAAUUUCUGUCAAGCGACACUUAUGAAAAAUGUCGAGCGACCCACCAUAAAUCCGCCUUUAGCCACACUAGCAGCCAGGUUUUAGGGAUAGUAAUGUCAGCCGGUCAGUCUGUUGGUCCACCACUUUGGUCCAGACUGAAAUAUGUCAACAACUAUUGGAUGGAUUGCCAUAAAAUGUUGUACAGACAUUCAUGGUCCCCAAAAGAUGAAUCCUAAUGAAUUAGGUUACUAACUUUUCCUCUAGCCCCACCAUGAGGUUGAAAUUUUUGAUUUUGGGUGAAUUAUCUUGACAACAUGGAUUGCCAUAUUUAGUAGCCUACAAGUUAGUCAAGGUUCCCAGAGAAUGAAUGAUUUUGUUGAUCCCCUUUUUCAUUUAGUGCCACCAGCAGGCCAAAGUUUCCAGAUACCUUGUGAAUUAUCUCAACAGGAUUGGCAGAGAAUUUCAUACAGACUUUGAUGGUCGCCAUCAGGUCACCCUCAAAGCAGUACUAGAAGUACAACCUAUAGAGCUGCUAGUGUGGCUGUUGACCCUUCUGUCUUCUUGGCAUGUCCUCAGUCUUCUGGCUGCUAAUUUCUGCUUGUGUGCUGUUGAUAUGCUGGCUGCUAAUGUUGGCUCUUUAUGCUUUUGAUAUGCUGAUUCCUCAUUUCCACUCUUAUGUCGUUGAUAUGAUGCUUGCUAUUAAUUGUAUGCUCUUAUGCUGCUGUUAACUAUAGGUAGUGUUUGCACUGGUGCUGCUUUCCUGCAUGGGCUUGGCUGAGCUUGUUUGCUUGCUUUCAAAAUUAUGCUUUUGAUUCAUGUAUGCUGUAGUGAAACAUGAGGGAGGGGGACAUAACUGUCCUCCUGUACACAGCCUAUUCCCAUCAUUAUUUCCCUUUUGUCUCAAAAAAGAUACUGUAGGUAGCUACUUUAACAGUCGUCAGACGCUUUAUAUUCAGCUAAGUUAGAGAUAUUUCAACUUAAUGCUAUGACUUAAUAGGACAGCUUGCUUUGCUGUUUUUCAUAUCUGCACUGGUGUUGCUGCUGCUACGGUUAUGUUGCUGCCACAUAAUAUUACAUAAGAAAAGCCAUCUAAUUUUGCUAGAUUGAAUAUUUCCUGAUUGGAGGUGCUUUGCUAAGGAAAGGCCACACAGCAGCUGGUGCUCAACCCACACAAAGAAGGUGCUCACUAGAUUCACCUUGUAGUCGUGGUGUCCUGCAGGAUUCCACAUAAUAGCUGGUGUUAGGCUUUCUGUAUAUAGUGUGGUUUUGGCGGGUAUUAUUGUCACUCCCAAAUCUAUGCAGUUCCAACUUUACGAGGGGAGUGACGAGGUCAGAGCCUAGGUGGCCAGUGUCAACUCUGUAUACUGUGUAUUAUUCACAUAAUAAAUCCAUUCCACGUGA